AUGUUCAGAAUGGAAAGCAAAACCAUCAUACUCAUCGGUCCCGAAGGCGCCGGCAAGUCCACCAUCGGCGCCCUCCUCGCCACCUCGCUCGCCAAGCCGCUCUACAGCCUCGACCGCCACCGCGACGCCCUGUAUGCGCCGUACGGCUACUCCCCCGCCGUCGCGCAGUCCAUCUAUGACACCCACGGCCUGUGGGCCUUUUACGCGCACUGGACCGUCUUCGAGUUCCAGGCCGUCUGCCACAUCCUCGGCAACGCUGCGCGCCAGCCAGACGAGUUCUUUGGCAAGAUACUCGAUUUCGGCGCCGGCCACUCCGUCUACGACAACCCAGAGGAGCUGGCUGCCGUGGAGGCGCUCAUGGCGCCUUUUGAGCACGUCUUUCUGGUUUUGCCGUGCGAGGACGUCGACGAGGCGGCGCGGAUUAUGGAGGCGAGAAGAGGCAAGGAGCUGGGUCUGAAUCGGCACUUUUUGACGCAUGAGAGUAAUGGGCGACUGGCCAAGUACACAAUUUAUACAAAGGACAGGGCGCCAGAAGAGUGUGCUGAAGAGAUUUUACAGAUUUUGAGACGCGGCAGUCAGUCCAGGGAGGGAGAGGAGGCAUCAUUAUCGACAGUUGUAUAG